GGCGGUCCUCGGGCGCGCGCCGCUCUUCUCUCUUCGGGUCUCGGAAGUCUGUGCCAGUUACCGAGGCGGCGGCAGAGGCAGCGGCGGCGAGCAGGUCCUUGUGGGCUAGAAGAAUCCUGCAAAAAUGUCUCUGUACCCUUCUCUCGAAGACCUGAAGGUGGACAAAGUUAUUCAGGCUCAAACUGCCUUUUCUGCAAACUCUGCCAACCCAGCAGUUUUGUCUGAGGCUUCUGCUCCCAUUGCUCAAGAUGGAAGUCUCUAUCCUAAACUGUAUCCGGAGCUCUCGCAGUACAUGGGGCUGAGCUUAAAUGAAGAAGAAGUGCGUGCAAAUUUGGCCUUGGUCCCUGGAGCGUCAGCGCAGGGGUUGGUGGCCAGACCUUCCAGUGUGGGCUACAUGGUGGCUCCGGUGACCGGGAACGACGUGGGGAUUCGUAGAGCAGAGAUUAAGCAGGGGAUCCGGGAGGUCAUUCUGUGUAAGGAUCAAGACGGAAAGAUUGGGCUCAGGCUUAAAUCAAUAGAUAAUGGUAUAUUUGUUCAGCUGGUCCAGGCAAACUCUCCAGCCUCUUUGGUUGGUCUGAGAUUUGGGGACCAAGUACUCCAGGUCAACGGAGAGAACUGUGCGGGCUGGAGCUCUGAUAAGGCACAUAAGGUGCUCAAACAGGCUUUCGGAGAGAAGAUUACUAUGACUAUUCGUGACCGGCCCUUUGAACGGACAAUUACCAUGCAUAAGGAUAGUACUGGACAUGUUGGCUUUAUCUUUAAAAAUGGAAAGAUAACAUCCAUAGUGAAAGACAGUUCUGCAGCCAGAAAUGGUCUUCUCACAGAACAUAACAUCUGUGAAGUCAACGGGCAGAAUGUCAUUGGGCUGAAGGACUCUCAAAUUGCAGACAUACUGUCAACGUCCGAGUCUGUGGUCACUGUUACGAUCAUGCCCGCUUUUGUCUUCGAGCACAUUAUUAAACGGAUGGCACCAAGCAUCAUGAAAAGCCUGAUGGAUCACGCCAUUCCUGAGGUUUAAACGUCCUGGCACAAUGGAAACUUCACUGAGCUUCUCCAGUUUACUUCUUGGGCAACUUAACUUUACAUUAUGCACAUGGAGCUUUCUAGGAGCCGGAGAGCAUAUGCUGCCUGAAGACCUUCCUCCUCCGUUGUGGCUGGGAGUCCUACCUGUUGGAUCGGUAUCUUGUUAACACUUCAGGAUCGCUGUAGCCUUAUCCUGGUUUUACAGAUGUGAAACUCUGGACAGAUUUACUGAUUUUCAUAGAAUAGUUUCUCUACUGGGAACCCGAUGCUUUUACAAGCCAUUGUGAUUAGAAUGACUGAAGCAGGCUUAGCUCUGUAUUAGAAUGACUCACCUUUAUCCCGUGUGUCAAGUAGCGCUGCUCACACUUUAGUUUUGUGGUGUGAUUGCAUUUUUAAUGUGUUACCAUAGUACAUGUAGAAUGAUUGCUUUUGAUGGUUUUUUAGUUCCGCGUGCGUGCGUGUGUGUAAAACACCAAUUAAGUACACUGGUUUCAUUCCAUGGAAGCAUUAUACAGUGUAGGUUGCAAGAGACUGUUGAUCAUCAUCAAAUUGUAACUACCUUUACUCUCUCUGCUUGAACUGUCGCCUUAACUGUGUUCAGCAUCUAGAAUAAAAGCCAAAAUAGAACUAUUGCUGCCUUUCUAAGACCCAGAAUGCAGUUCAUAUGAAACCGCAGCGCACCCGACCCAGAGCAGUUCCUGGGGCCCCGGGAACCGCCGCUCAGCUGCUUAGUUGCGUUCGAGAUUUUCUAGUCAUUGUGCCGUGGAGAUGUCUUUCUUCCAAAAGUUACUGAUCUUACUUUCUGAGAAAUGAAUCACUAUAUAUUAAAUGUGAAAAUUCUUAUACCAAAUAGGAUAAACUUUCGACUCUUUUUUCAUUUGUAGAUUAAGUGGAAUAAUACCCACUUUUGUCAUUUACUCUAAUGUUGUAUAACCUAGCUACGGGAUGGCCUUAGGAUGUCUUCCAGGUAAUUUGUUCCAUUUCCUGACCCCUCCCUCCAAACUGAGUGGCAGUGACAUGUUAUCCUGUUUUUUGGUUUAUGCCUAUUCCGUUUUAACUAAAAAUGUACAAAUAAAGUUACCUUUUAGUCUA